AUGACUUCCUUAAGUACAGAACAAAUGCAAGUGGCUGUUAUUGGCAUAGCCUGUGAAUUUGCCGGUGAUAUUCAUUCUCCGACAGAUUUAUGGCAUGCAUUGGAAGAAAGUCGAGAUGUGGGCAGUGAAAUUCCUCGUGAUCGACUCGACAUAGAUUCUUAUUGUGUGCAUAUGUUUAACAAGGAUAAUGAUGGACAUUUUCGUCAAAAGCUCCUUCGUCGAGGAUAUUUUCUGUCGGCGAAUCAAUGGGAUACGUUUGAACCGAGUUUCUUUGGUCUUUCGGACGCAGAAUCAGGCAGUGUUGACCCGUGUCAUCGACUACUCAUGCUCAAGUUUGUUCAUUUACUCGAAGAUGCUGGCUAUAGUAUUGAGAAAAUAAGUGGCUCACGAACAUCAGUGCAUAUUGGCCAAUUUUCUACAGAUCAUGCUGCUACAACAUUUCGCAUAGAGCCUGAACAUCGUUCUCGUUUUCAUGGACCAAAUACUUUACUAUACAACGCUGCAGCUCGAUUAUCGUACCAUUUCAAUUUGCAGGGUCCUAACGUAUCAUUGGAUGUGGCCUGUUCAUCAUCAUUAGAGGCUGUGCAUAUGGCUGUACAAGCACUACGUACAAACGAAGCAGAUAUGGCAGUAUGA